AUGCAAAUAUACUCCCAUUUAAUUUGGUUAUUAUUAGCAUUUACUAUCGUUUUAAUCCAUGCACGAAAUGUUCAUUAUGAUUUUAAUGAUCAAUUAGAUGAUGAUGAUUAUAAUGUCAAUGCACGGAAAAGACAAAUGCUUCAUGUCAAUCGUAAUAUUCAUAGAUCAUCAAUAUUUGACAAAGAUUUAUCCGAUCUUUUUAAAAAUGAAGAAAAUAUUCUAAAUGCACAAGAACGAUCAUUAGCUAGUGCAAGAAAAGUUAAAGCUAUUGUCAAAGGUGAUCCAAGAGAAUUUAUGGGAUAA